GUUUUGUUUAUAAUUACUGUGUCUGUUACUCUUCACAUAAAUAUAAAUAAACGAACAAGCCUGUCAUGGCAGCGCCCAUCGAUAAAUUUGAAGUUUUUACAUGGUAUUUUCAGUGACCGUUUUCAUUAAGUAAAUCUUCGGGUUUAAAUUAAUGAGUUCCGUAGAAACACUUCCGAUACACUGUGGAUUAGUUCUGAUCACUGACAUUCAAAAUCUGUCCGUUGAUAUCUGUUAAAUAUCAAAAAGAAAUUUUACCGUGUUUAGUGCUCGCGUGGUGCACUUUCGAAUGCCUGUCCCGCCAUGCCCGCGAUGUAUCAACGAAACGUCUGCCAUAACUUGGCAAAAUAUCUUCGACGUGUUUUUCUAAAGAACGGAAAAUCAAAAUAUGAGAUGUUUCAUCACCAGUCACCUUGGAUCUCGUCCAAUAGAAGAUAUUGCCAUGCCAUACAACGGGGAGUUGUAUAUGAAUCAGUGUCCAGCGAUGUUUUCACCAACUUGGCAUUUGAAGAUUGGGUUUAUAACAACCUAGAUUUAAGCACAACAAAUCUACUACUGCUAUGGCGAAAUGAUCCCUGCGUUGUGAUUGGUCGUCACCAAAAUCCGUGGGCCGAGUGUCAGCUCAGGCAGCUCUGGGGUUCAAAUGUCAAAUUAGCAAGAAGAAGGAGUGGAGGUGGUACUGUUUACCAUGAUCUGGGCAACCUCAACUGCACUUUCUUCACUGACAGGAAGCGAUAUAAUCGCAAAGAAAACUUGGAGCUGAUAACCAACGCACUGAGGUCCACGUGGCCAGGGUUGGACGUCACUGUGUCAUGUCGGGAUGAUAUUCUACUAGACAACUUUUUCAAAGUUUCAGGCUCAUCAGCCAAGUUAGGACGUCAGAUUGCAUAUCAUCACUGCACGCUACUGCACAGUGUUAACACGCCAGAACUAAAAUCACUGCUACAUAGUAAGAAGGAGGGACUGACUAACAGAGCCACUCAGAGUGUCGAGUCUGCGGUCAAAAACUUGUCGGAUGUAGAACCAAGUGUAAGACACUCGUCCCUGGUUGAUGUCAUAGCUGAGAAAUUCUACUCACAGUAUCAGCCAUUAUAUGAAAACAAGGUGUACCCAGUGGACCCAUCAUCUGAAGUAGACUGGCCAGGAGUCCUUUCAAGUAGAGAGGAACUUGGAAGUUGGAACUGGGUGUAUGGGAAGACGCCACAAUUCAGUGUGCAGAGAUCUCACACUGAUGUGUCAGUGUUGGUCCAUGUUCACCACGCCCGUAUACUGGGUGUGGUCAUACAAGCGUUGGAUGGAUGGAUUGAUACAGGGCUUAUACAGGAACUCACAGGACACCUGGCAGGAACAAAAUUCUGGCCAAAAGAUGUCGCUGAAAUCACAGAGGCUUUCCUUGGAGCAGUCAUUGUUGACGCCGAUACGAGACAAAAACUUCAUCUUAUCUGCAAGCUUUUACUAGAAACACUCUCUUAAGCUGUAAUCAACAUCUUACUCCAUGAAAAUAAAGAUUUGUGUUUUUCCAAACCCAAAAAGUGAAUUUCUUGACUGGUUUCUGUAUAACCGAGUCUGUUGGUAAAAUUCAAUGUGCCCACUUCUGGAUUAAAAAAUUACAGUAAAAAUAAGCACAAAAUACUGAUUAUAAAACUGAACAAAUUUUAACAGCCAUCUUAGUCGGUGCCUCUUUAAAAAAAUCAUUGCAGUGUACGCUGUACAUUGUGAAAUAUUGCAAAGCUAUCAAAUUUCUAGGGCUGCUUUUUCUUCAUCCUUUCUUUUAUAAUUUGACAGUUUUAAUGUUUUACUGCAAACUCUUUAAUGUUUUUGCUGUACUCGUAUUGAUACUC